AUGCGAGCUGUACUCCAACGAGUCCUGAACGCUAGCGUUACAAGGCUUUGCGUUCUUGUUGGCAUCGCAGCCGAUGAUACCGAAGAUGAUUUAGAGUACCUUAUAAAAAAAAUUCUUAAUGUUCGGGUGUUUGAAGAUGAAACUGGAAAACAGAUGUGGGCAAGAAAUGUUAAAGACAUGGGGUUAGAAAUUUUAUGCGCAUUUGGGCUUGAACUUAAGCUCUACAAUUACGUAUACGUUUUAGGAAACAAACCUGAUUUUCAUUGUUCUAUGAAAGCAGAAUUUUCGAAGGAGAUGUAUGCGAAUUUUAUAAGUAGAAUGAAACAGGAGUAUUUUGAAGAUAGAAUAAAAGAUGGAGUUUUUGGUGCCAUGAUGAAUGUUUCUCUUGUAAAUGAGGGACCAGUUACAUUAGAACUGGAUUCGCGUAAAUUCAUUUACACUGAAAAAAAAGUAUCUUCGUCAAAGUCUAAAGUAGAGAUAUCAAAGAAAUAA